AUGGACGCAAGGGAGGGCGCGUCGCAGAAGAGCCCCGGCGGGUGCGUCGAUCGCAACGGUUACGUGAGAACACGCGUGACCCCCCUGUGCGAGGACACGCGCUGCGGGGAGGGCUCGUGGGGGAGGACUCUGAGAGGACUGUCCCCGGCCGUGUGCGUGGGCUCACUCUCCGUGGCGCUCGCCCUCUUGGAUACAUCUGCCGACUGGGAGACGGAGCACAGCCCCGCCGGACUCGGCUGCGCGGGGGAGCUGCUGCUCGCUUGGUGGCACGCGGCGUGCGCCGCUCUCGCGCUGCUCUGCGCCUUCUUCUGGGUGGGCUUGUACGCGGCGCGCCGCGCGGUGCCCGUGCGAAGCGCGCUGCUCGUGCUGACGGCGUGCCACCUGGGCGACGCGGCGGCGCGCUCCCUGCUGCGCGCACCGGAGGAGCCCGCUCUCUCGUCCGCGGCGGCCGCGUCGGCGCUCGUCUGCUCGGCCGGGGGGGCACUCAUGGUGGUGAGACUCGAGCGAGGGGUCUCCGUCGUCCUCCUCGUCGGCCUCGUGCGGAGCGCGUCGCUGCUGUCGCUCAACAAGGUGCGGCCCGCCUGGCGGCCCUACCUGGCGUACCUGCUCGGAGUGCUGGGGGUCCUGCUGGCGCGGUAUGCCGACCGCCUCCUGCCGGAGGAGCCGGGAGCGCGACAGGGCGGCUGCGCCUCGGUGAGCGCGUUCAAGAGGAGGAGGAGGUCGGGCUCGGCGACGUCCUCAGACAUGGCACACAGGGAGCCCGCGGGCAGGACGCACAGGAGGACAUCGCUGCCCUGCAUCCAGCGGGAGCCCUUGUCGGGCACCAGUGUGACAGUGGACAUUGCGGUGAUGGGCGAGGCCCAUGGGCUCAUCACCGACCUGCUGGCGGACCCUUCCCUGCCCCCGCACACCUGCAGCUCACUCCGUGCUGUUAGCAACCUGCUCAGCGCCCAGCUCACUUUCCAGCCCCUGCACCGGCCCCGCGCCAUCCCAGCGGGCCCCUUCAGCGAAGCCUCCACUUGCUCCGACUCCGAGGAGGUCAUCGAGCGGGGUGAGAAGCUGGCUAUCCCCAAGCGCCUGAGACGGAGCCUGCCCCCCGGGCUGCUGAGGAGAGUCUCUUCCACGUGGACCACCACCACCUCCGCCACGGGACUGCCUACCAUUGAGCCCGGCCCCGUGCGCCGCGACCGCAGCGCUAGCAUCAAGGCCUACCACGACAUUCCCACCUGCAGCUGUGGAAGGCCUGUCAUUAAACUCAGCCAUGGCGGGGGAUCGAUGGACAGAGGAGACAGAAUGCGCCGCAAUGACGACGCGGCCGUGGCAUCGUCGGACUACGAGAGCACCCAUGAGACCAACCACAGUGACAGCAGCGACGUUACACAGAACGAGGAGGAGGCCGAGGCCAACGCGAAGCCCACGGACCCACACGAGGCCUGCAGAAGCCACCGCUCAGACAGUAUCCUCCUGCAUCCCCUGAUACCCCCUGAGGACAAGCCCAUCUUGGCUCCCGAGCCCCUGAUCAUGGAGGAUCUCGAACCCCUCAUGAACCAGCUCAACGAUUGGAACUUCCCCAUCUUCAGCCUGGUGGAGAAGACCCACGGCAAGUGUGGUCGCAUCCUCAGCCAGGUCUCGUACAGACUCUUUGAGGACACCGGCCUCUUCGAGACCUUCAAGAUCCCUAAGCGGGAGUUCAUGAACUACUUUCACGCGUUGGAGAGCGGCUACAGAGACAUUCCAUAUCACAACAGAAUCCAUGCCACAGACGUGCUGCACGCAGUCUGGUACCUGACCACGCAGCCCGUGCCUGGCCUACCUAGCCUGGCCAACGAUCACAGUUCUGCCAGUGACUCUGACUCGGACAGCGGUAUCACCCACAGCCACAUGGGCUUUCUGGUCUCCAAGACGUACGCGGUCUCAGAAGAUGGCUACGGCUGCUUGUCGGGUCUCAUCCCGGCCCUCGAGCUCAUGGCUCUGUACGUGGCGGCCGCCAUGCAUGACUACGACCACCCAGGGAGGACCAAUGCCUUCCUGGUGGCCACCAGCGCGCCCCAGGCAGUGCUGUACAAUGACCGUUCGGUGCUGGAGAACCACCAUGCUGCCUCCGCCUGGAGCCUCUUCAUGUCCCAUCCCGAGUACAACUUCUUGGCCAACUUGGACCACGUGGAGUUCAAGCGCUUUCGUUUCCUCGUGAUCGAGGCCAUCCUCGCCACCGAUCUGAAGAAGCACUUUGACUUCCUGGCUGAAUUCAAUGCCAAGGUGGGCGAUGACGUGACCUCGGGGAUCGACUGGUCCAACGAGAACGACCGGCUGCUCGUGUGCCAGAUGUGCAUCAAGCUGGCCGACAUCAACGGGCCGCUCAAGUGCAAGGACCUGCACCUGCAGUGGACCGAGGGCAUCGUCAACGAGUUCUACGAGCAGGGGGACGAGGAGUCCAGCCUGGGCCUCCCCAUCAGCCCCUACAUGGACCGCUCGGCCCCCCAGCUGGCCAAGCUGCAGGAGUCUUUCAUCACGCACAUCGUGGGGCCGCUCUGCAGCUCCUACGACUCGGCCGCCCUCAUGCCCGGCCGCUGGGUCGAGACUGAGGAAGAGGAGGCGGAGGAAGGGGACUCGGAAGAAAACGACGAGGAAGAUGACACAACCGAGGAAGAUGCGUCCACUAGCUCUGAAACCUCUCAGAAACAAAGUGUCAAGAAGAGGCGGAAAGUCUUCUGUCAGAUCACUCAGCAGCUGCUGGAGAACCACGAGAUGUGGAAGAAGGUCAUCAAUGAGGAGGCUCAGUCGCUGGAGGGGGAGGAGCCAGCGCACCGCGGCAACCCCGUAGAGCCGAUCCUGGCCAUCCACGAGGAGGAGGAGGAGCCUGCGAGCAAAGAGGAGGAGCCAACUGAAGGUCAGGAGAGGGAAGAUGAGACGGAUGAUGAGAACAAGGGGCCCGUUGAGGAUGCUGAGGAAGUUGAGGAAGAGCCAGCAUCCAAAGACACUGAUGGGAAGGAAGAGGUCCUGGAGUAAUGAAAGAUUUUAUACACCAGUAUGUCAAAUGAAACAGUGAAACCAGGACCAUUGUUUUUUUUAUUUAUUUUUGACAAAGACUAACUUUUG